UCUAUUCAAGCAUUACUUUAGAUUAAAGCUUCAUCUUGUUUCCAUGUUAGAAAUGGUCCCUACCUUAUGUUUAAUGGUAUGAUAUCUAAAUUAUGUGGGGAUUUUGCCACCUUAAUAAAUGCAUUUGGAGCAAACCUUCCCUUAUGGCUGGCAAACAAUUCUUCUCUUGAAUGGUAGUUAGGGCUGUUGGGAUACCCAACUUCAGGUAGGGUGUAGCCGCUGAAAAUUAUGAGAAACAUAAAACAUCUAGUCUUUUAGCAGGAUUGGUAUAGUGUGCAAAUGUACUGAACUUUGAGUAAGAGAUGGAAUUCGGCAAUUAUUCUAUAAGAAGCAACUGUGGGUUGAUUGAAUUGAAGUGUAUAAUUUUUAUUUAUUUAUUUAAUUUUUGAAUUUAAGUGUAUAAUGAAAUGGCAAGUUUAGCAUGCAGUGCAAACUGCAAGGCAAAGCUUCUUACUCCAAGGUAUCUGUGGCUUUCUGAAGUGUUCCCCAGUUGGCUCACUACGAUCAACUGUGUUGUGGAUAGUAAUGCUGCUAGAUCAGAGCAGGGUCCAUCUUUAGUUCCAUGCCCAUUCCGACAGGAUCCAUAGCCUAUAUAAGCUUAAGCUGUCAUCCUCGUCCAAACAACCGUUGGGCCAGCCAUAUGUGCUGUGAAUGUCCCAUAGACCAAUCAUUUUCAAUAGUAACAAGUGAAACAACCACCCUACACACAGAUGUUCAAUCUUUCUAUUUAUCUCUCAUGAAAGUAUUAAUCUUGUAAGACUUUAUGUUGUGUUUUGAUAAUGUGUGGAAUUGAUAAAUUGUGUUUAUAUAUAUAAUUUCUGUUUCAAUGGUAAAAGAAUUUGGUUAUUGGUAAUGAAAGUUUGAGAUUCUG